AAAAAAAUUUGAGAAACAGAACGGAAACGAUUAAUGAAAUUUGCAAAAUGGAUCUUUUUCGUCUUCCAUUGCUCAAAGAAGGGAAGAUCUGAGCUCGAAUGAUCCUGGGGAAGAAUUUCUCUUAGAUCGUUCGAUCUCAAGAGCUAGACGAUGGGAAUCUUGUUCACGAGGUUGUUCUCUAACCUGCUCGGCAACAAAGAAGCUCGUAUCCUCGUCCUCGGUCUCGACAAUGCUGGAAAAACCACCAUCCUCUAUCGGCUUCAGAUGGGGGAGGUGGUAUCCACGAUUCCAACUAUUGGAUUUAACGUCGAGACCGUACAGUACAACAAUAUCAAGUUUCAGGUCUGGGAUUUGGGUGGUCAGACAAGUAUCAGGCCAUACUGGCGGUGCUAUUUCCCAAAUACACAAGCAGUGAUCUAUGUUGUCGAUUCAAGUGAUACAGAUCGGAUUGGAGUGGCGAAAGAGGAGUUUCAUGCAAUUUUGGAGGAGGAGGAGUUGAAAGGUGCAGUGGUUCUCAUAUUCGCGAAUAAGCAGGAUCUUCCCGGGGCAAUGGAUGACGCUGCUGUGACCGAGGCCUUGGAGUUGCAUAAGAUUAAGAGUCGGCAAUGGGCCAUCUUCAAAACUUGUGCUGUCAAAGGUGAAGGCCUUUUCGACGGCUUAGACUGGUUGAGUAAUACGCUCAAGUCAGGAAGCGGCUGAAGUUUCUCUUUCAGACAUAUUCUCUCCCUCUCUCAAAAACUCCCCAAGUAACAACAGUGUUCUCUCUCCCAUGAGUUCUCUGUCAUCAAAAGAAAGCUCAUAUCUAUCAAUCAGACAUUAUCUUUUCUUAUGUCCUUUUUUGGGGAAGGGGUUAUUAUUUUGAAUCCGAUUUGUGGUCAUAAAAUGUAGCAUUCUUAACAUCAAAUCCGAACGCCACACCGACAAACAACGUUUUAUUCUCCCUUCUGUAGCAUUCUUAACAUGAUCCAUUUCUUCUUUUCUUUGCUA